AUGAGUCUAGGAGGAAGAGAGUCCACAGGUGCAGACGGAGGAGAGAAGAGUACACAGGUGCCAGAUGCGGGGACGGAGAGAGAGAGUACACGGUGCAGACGGUGGGAGAGAGUACACAGGUUGCAGACGUGGAGAGAGUACAAGGUGCAGAGGAGGAGAGAUACACAGGUGCAGCCGGAGGAUGAGAGGAGACAGGAGGUAGAGAGGUCCCACAGAGUGCAAGACGGAGGAGAGAGUUACACAGGGUGCAGACGGGGGAGAGGAGUACACAGUGCAGACGGGGGAGGAGAGUACACAGUGCAGACGGGGGAGGUGUAA